UGGGUUCCGCGCAGCGCCCGUCGAGACUUUGAAGAACUGAUAUUUACAAGACACCGGAUUGCACUGGGUGUGUAGAGAUGUCUGACUCGUAUUAUGAUUCUGUUGGAGAAGAGGUUCCUAGUGACAGCUUCUGGGAGGUUGGGAACUAUAAGCGGACAGUGAAACGCAUUGAUGAUGGUCAUAGACUUUGCAGUGAUCUUAUGAACUGCAUUCAUGAGCGUGCAAGGAUAGAAAAGGGCUAUGCACAGCAGCUCACUGAAUGGGCGAAAAGGUGGAGACAACUUGUAGAAAAGGGGCCACAGUAUGGUACUGUUGAAAAGGCUUGGCAUGCAUUUAUGUCCGAGGCUGAAAAGGUGAGUGAACUACACAUAGAAGUAAAAAGUGCCCUAAUGAAUGAAGACUUCGAAAAGAUAAAGAACUGGCAGAAGGAGGCAUUUCACAAGCAAAUAAUGGGUGGAUUUAAGGAAACCAAAGAAGCUGAAGAUGGAUUUAGGAAAGCUCAGAAACCAUGGGCCAAAAAGCUAAAAGAGGUCGAAGCUGCUAAGAAAGCAUAUCAUGUGGCCUGCAAGGAAGAAAAGCUGGCCGUGUCCAGAGAGACUAAUAGCAAAGCUGACCCAGCCCUGAAUCCAGAACAACUGAAGAAACUGCAGGACAAAGUUGAUAAAAGUAAACAGGAUGUGCUUAAGACGAGAGAAAAGUAUGAAAAGGCUCUGAAAGACCUGGACAAUGCAACACCUCAAUAUAUGGAAAAUAUGGAGCAGGUUUUUGAGCAGUGUCAGCAGUUUGAGGAAAGACGUAUCCGUUUCUUCCGAGAAGUGUUGUUGGAAGUUCAGAAACAUCUUGACUUGUCUACUGUUCCAGGCUAUAAAAAUAUCUAUCGUGAAUUGGAGCAGAACAUCAAAGCAGCGGAUACCGUUGAAGAUCUGAGGUGGUUUAGAGCUAAUCAUGGUCCAGGCAUGUCCAUGAACUGGCCCCAGUUUGAGGAUGAAGACUGGUCAGCUGAUCUGAAUCGCACUCUUAGUAGAAGAGAGAAGAAGAAAGCUACAGAUGGGGUAACUCUGACUGGUAUUAACCAGACAGAACCAGUUCCACAGCACAACAAAAACAGCAGCAGUGUUAGUGUUCCGGGUGACACAGUGCAGUCAGUUCAGUCAAGUUACAAUCCCUUUGAAGAUGAAGAGGAUACUGGAAGUACUGUCAGUGAAAAGGAGGACAAUAAAAUCAAAAAUGUUAGCAGCUCGGAGAAAAACCAAAGUUACUCGGCGGACUGGUCUGAUGAGGAGACCAACAAUCCUUUUUCAUCCAAUGAUGCUCCACCAGAAACAAAUCCAUUUGAUGAGGAUACUUCCCCUACAAUGGAAGUUAGAGUACGGGCAUUGUAUGACUAUGAGGGUCAAGAGCUUGAUGAACUCAGUUUCAAGACUGGGGAAGAGCUAACUAAAAUAGAAGAUGAAGACGAACAAGGCUGGUGCAAAGGCCGCUUGGACAAUGGACAAGUUGGACUCUAUCCCGCAAACUAUGUUGAGACAAUCCAGUGACAAAGAAUUGUAGAAGUGCUGUAGUAAUUGUCAGUCAGUAUGAAGUUGGUGGCCUGCCGUGAAGAGAACUGAAAUGUGUUGAAAUUGUAUAUAUUUCCUUUACUGCAAAUGAAUGAUGGAUUGAAAGAUCUGUUCCCAGGGGACAAGAUAACAAUUCAGACUGAAACUGGGGAAAGGUUGGCAGCUUAUGCACAGCACAAAAUAACCAGGCCAGAGUGGAAAUUUAGUUGGCAAGAAAAUGAUAUUUUCAGAACUUAUUGCCAAUUUACAGUUUUAUCAUGCCUUAUGUAUAUUUUCAAAUUUGCUACUGCCUCAGUCCCAGUUUCCUGGGUGGUGGCUUGCAUUGAUUCUUGUUUAAAUCACUUCUUUUAAGUGACCUAUAAUAAUUUGCAAUAAAUUGCAACUUGUUUUUUUAAUUGCAAUUUUUUAUCUGUUCUUAGCAAUAUUUGAAAGAUGCAUUUUUUUUAAUUUAAAGACUAUGUAGCCUGCCAUCUUUUCAUGCCUGGUUCAUGAAUUUGAUUAUUUCUCAGUUUACAUUGUACUGUUAACUUUUCCAUGUUAUUAGCAUGCCUUAAUGGUGUAAAAUGCCAAAUUGGGCCUGUUACAGAACAUUGUAGCAUAUUGUCUGCAAAUGUUCGUUUGGGUUUCUUGAAUGCCAUUGAUGCAUUUUGGCACCAGAAACAUGAAUUUUCCAAAUUAUGACUUCAAGUAGAUUUCUAAAAGUAUAAUAUUUAAACCUAUUUCCAUCAUAUUCUUGCUGAGAAAUUUACAUUUUGCAAGAUGUUAAUGAUUUUGUGCGAUUUGGAAACGUAUACGAAGAUUAUUUUUUCAAGCAAAAGACUG